AUGGGCAUUAGAUAUAAGGAUCAUUACUGCGCGCCGCGCCCGGAGGGGGCCGACGAGGGGGAGGGGGAAGGGGAAGACGACAGCGACGACGAGCCCGAGCGCGCGCCGCCGCCUAUAGUGAUAUCAGAGGCAGACUUCAGGGAGAAGGAUAUAAGAAUCUUUAGUGCACGCGGGGGAGGGGUAGGGGUCGAGGCUAAGCGCGCGCCGCCGCCCAUUGUCAUCUCAGAGGCUGACUUCAGGGAGAAAGGAUCAUUACUGUGCGCCGCGGACGGGGAGGGGCCCGACGAGGGGGAGGGGGAAGGGGAAGACGACAGCGACGACGAGCCCGAGCGCGCGCCGCCGCCUAUUGUGAUCUCAGAGGCCGACUUCAGGGAGAAGGUCCGAGAGAAGAGAGUGGGUAUUCUAAAGCCGCAGGGUUCGCUGGAGAGAGCAAGGGAAGAACGUGCGAUGGCCAGCACUCAAGACGACCCGGAAUCAGACGGCGCCGAAGACAUCAGUAAAAGCGAAGAUAAGAAGGACCUUCGUAAACCUCGAGUCAACAUCGCAAUGGCAGCAAUCAUGAGAAAGCAAGAAGAAUCCAACAAACAGGUGAAAUUCGUAACACCACCACCGACCCCAGACACUACUGGGGACUCCACCGAAGCAAAAGACCAGGACAAACCUAAGGUCAUCCAACCCAAAGCCAUCAAGAAUCUCGCCAAUCUUCCCCUGGGAAGAAAAACCGGCGGGAUCCUCUCGCUGAAGGACAAGUCCGCCGGGUACCCGCAUCUGCAGAACACAGACCCGGAACCACCCAAAAAGGACAAAGAGGACAAAAAGGAACCGAAACCCAACCAGGGAUCGAGUCAGAAUUCGCAGCAGAGUUACCAGCCGAAGAGGCAGGACAUGCCCCCGCCGAAUUGGAGCCCAAAUAUGCCUCCACCGAAUAUACCAUACGACGGCCCCAGGGUCAACUUCCAGAAGAAUUACGGGAUACAAAACGCUGGGAUCUCAUACAACCCGAACUACCCGUCUCCACCUAACGUCAACAACCAGGGCAUAAGACUUCCAGUGGUAAAUCCCAAGGAGAUCGACGUGCGCACCGCCGCGCUGCAGAAGCAGAACUCGCGACAGGAGCUCUUCCAGGACGGACACAAGUUCGGCAACUACUCCUACCACGUGUCCGGCGACAAGAAGAACUUCCUCAACGACCUCCCGCCGCGUUUCGCCAACCAGUACCGCAACUGGCAGGCGGCCCAGGACAGCCAGUUCAACGACAACAAAUUCCGCGACGACAGUUUCAAGCCGAACGCUUUGUUCAACUCCCAACAGCCCAACUGGGCCAACCCGCCGCCGGAAAACUACCCAACCCAGCCGAUGCCGUGGUGGAAACCGGAGAAUCCCCCUCCCAACUUCAGCAACUCGCCGAGUUACUCGCCAGCGAUGGGCAUGCAGCCCAACUUCUACUCGCCACACGUCGCUCCCAACCUGCCUAACUACCAAAACAUGCCGUCUUUCAACCAGAUGCAAAACCAAAGCGUAGGCCAGCAGAAGCCGGAGAACGUGCCGAACUACUUGCCCUCGACUAUAGGCCAGCCGCAGCUCCAGACGUUACAGAACAUGGUCAGCUCGCCGAAUUUUAACUCGUCGUUGAAUAACUUCGGGUCGUACGCACCUACAGUCGGGUACGACUCGGCGAUGUAUCCUCAGUUCAACAACAACAAAGUGGGUUACCAGCCGAUGCAAAUGAAGAUGAUGGACAAGCCGUCUAUGGAGUACCAGGCCAACAAGAAUCUCAUGGACAUCGGCGGGCUCGGGUUCGGGUCCACCGCCAUGGACAUGCAGCAGAGGAAUUUGGGCAUCAAGUUCCCAGACAACAUGACCAGCGACAACGGCGCUAAGAAUAUGGAUCCGAUCGCGGUAAGCAUUACCAGUAUUUAUUAAAAUGGUCAAUUCAGUCCACCUUCGGCCUGAUCGUCACUUACCAUCAGAUGAGAUACAGGCCAAGAGCUUCCUCGUUGUGGAUAAAAAAAAUC